AUGUUCGACUCUGCGUUGACCAUCCGCGCGCUGACGGCGAGGGCCGUCGCGGCGCCGCUGGCCCGGCCGCUGCGGACGGCGUCCGGGGAGAUCCCGGUGUCGCCCCUGCUGCUGAUCGACCUCGCAUCGGAGGAGGGUCCGGCGGGCCGCGCCUACAUCUUCGGCUACACCACCCUCACGUUGCGGGCCUUGCAGGUCUUGCUCGACGACCUGGACGCGGUCGUGCGGGGCCGCCCGGCAUCUCCGGCUGCGAUGUACGACGAGCUGGCCGCGCGCUUCCGCCUGAUGGGACGCCAGGGUCUGGUCGGUAUGGCGCUGGCCGGGCUCGACAUGGCGCUGUGGGACAUGCAGGGCCGCGCUCAGAAUCGGCCGGUGGUCGAACUGCUCGGCGGGCAGGCGGCGCCGGUGCCUGCCUACGACAGCUUCGGCGUGGUCGAUCCGGUCAAGGACGCCACGGCGUUGGAAGACAGCGUCGAACAGGGCUUCCGGGCGAUCAAGAUCAAGAUCGGGGUCGGGGAUCUGGCCUGGGACCUGGAAAACGUCGCCGGCGUACGCGCGGUGAUCGGCCCGGACGUGCGGUUGAUGGUCGAUUACAACCAGUCGCUGACCGCGCCCGAGGCGCUGCGCCGCAUCGACGCGCUGGCCCGCUUCGACCUCGCGUGGGUCGAAGAGCCGGUGCCCGCCGAAGAUCUGGCUGGACAUGCCCGCGUCCGCGAGGCCUCUCGGGUGCCGAUUCAGACCGGUGAGAACUGGUGGUUCGGUCACGACAUGGCCCAUGCCCUGGCCGCCGAAGCGUGCGAUGUCUGCAUGCCGGACCUGAUGAAGAUCGGCGGGGUGACCGGCUGGCUGCGCGCCAUGGGCCAGGCCGAGGCGGCGGCCGUGCCGGUGUCCAGCCACCUGUUCAUCGAGGCCAGCGCCCACGUCCUGCCGGUGACGCCCCUUGCGCACUAUCUCGAAUUCCUGGACCUCGCCGGCGCCGUGCUCGCCGACCCGCCGCGGGUUGCAGACGGCCACGUCACUGCGCGCGGUCCGGGGCUCGGCAUGGACUGGGACGAAGCCGCGGUGGCCCGCUACCGGUUCUAG